GCUACGCUGACUGGUUGUCGGCGCGGAUGUUUCCAAAUCGAAUCGCAGUCGAGUUUCGAGACGUCGCCGCAGUUUGAAAACGCGUGCCAACAACAACAGACAUCGCUCGGGCUCGUCGCUCGGCAUUUUCGUUUGUUUUUUUAAUGCAACAACAGCAAGAACAACAACAACAACAGAAACCGAAACAACAACAACAAUAGGGAGCCAGUCAAAUAUUGAAUUGAAUUAUAUAUUGCGCGGCCCCCGUUCGUGUUUGAGUUUGCCGCGGGCGUAACCUCUAACCUCGCCAGAUUACGCACGCCGUCGGUUCCGUCGAUUUUUUGUUUGGCCUGAUCUCUUUUUGCACAACAGCAGCUGCCGCCGACGACCGUCCAAAGUCAAAGUCUUCAUUUAGUUAUCAACACACAAAAUAUACACAAUCGGCAAUAAACAGAAACAGAAACAGAAACUGAACAGGCGCAUCCGCCUCUGGGCCAGCUCUAAUGCCUUUAUCAGUAGCCACGCAUCUCUGGGCGCUGCCGUAGGGAACACACAUAGAGGCUGUCUGGCUGACUGGCUGACUGGGUGACCGGCUGACCGGCUGAGCGGGACCAAAGUGGACCUUUUCCCACUACCACUCAAUUUAAACAGAGUGCCAUUCUCUCGCGCUGUCUCGUAAAUUAAUGUCAUAAAUUAAUUUCGGGUUUUAACAUUCCGGGACUGACAUUUGCAACCGGUGUCCGCGUCGUCGGGCGUCUCUCAGACUCGUUAAACCGUGGUCCGUGUCGGUUCAGGAGCGCGCGCCUCGAUUCAAAGUCAACUUUACCUGCCGCCACAUCAAGUCAAGUGUGUGUGCGUGUUUGUGCGUGUGUGUGUGUCUGUGUGCGUCACCUAAAACCCAAAUGUUCCUUAAAUUACCUUGAAGCUGAGCAAGAAUAAGCAGAAGAAAUUAAAAUAAUAAUAAAGCCAAUUAUAUAUAGUGAGAGAAUAAAUAAUAAAUGUUUAUAUACAAAAAAAAAGCUGCCUGCGCUGACGACAACCGUUCACGAAAUGUUCAAUCUAUUAAAUUGAUGUUCAAAGUGUGUUUUUCCCGUUCAACAAACUCGCCCACAAAUUCGAUUGUUUGUUGGCAAAAGAUUUCGCAUACAACAGCAACAGCAAUAACAACGAGAAGAACUGCAAGAGAUUCAGUGUCAAGUGUUUCAUAAACACAAUUGAAUAUCAUUUGGAUUAUUGGACCAAAGCCUUUGCAUUUGCCUUGCGCCCAGUCGCUGCAUCAACAACAAUCAGGAUACAAACACCAACAACAACAACAGCAACAGGAACAACAACAACAUCAAAAUCAACAACAACAACAGCAACAAUAACAACAAACAUACACCAGAAAGACAUCAUCAUCGUUGGAAAUAGACCUCGUGUCAUUCCAAAAGACGCACAUGGGCGUCUGCACCGAGGAGCGCCCUGUGAUGCAUUGGCAGCAGAGCGCAAGAUUUCUUGGGCCCGGCGCAAGGGAGAAAAGUCCAACACCACCUGUAGCACAUCAAGGGAGCAAUCAAUGCGGCAGUGCUGCAGGUGCAAAUAACAAUCAUCAUCCAUUGUUUCGCACAUGCUCCACAUCAUCCUCGUGUCCCGAUAUUUGUGAUCACAGUACAAAGCCAUUUGGCAAUGCAUACGGCAGCGAGUCAUAUAGAAGCUAUGAAACCGCCGAUCGCGCCACAUUUGAGGACUCAGCGGCCAAAUUCUCGAUUAGCCGCAGUCGCACCGAUUGCACGGAGAUCAGCGACGAGACCACGUCGGGCAUAUCAUUCAAAACGGAGCCCUUCGGACCGCCCAGCAGCCCCGAGUCCACCAACGAUAGCAAAGUAACCCGCAAUCCCGACGAUUGCGCCGGCUGCGGCCGACAAAUACAGGAUCGUUUCUACCUCUCCGCUGUGGAAAAACGCUGGCAUGCCAGCUGCUUGCAGUGUUAUGCUUGUCGCCAGCCGCUGGAACGGGAAUCCUCAUGUUAUUCACGUGACGGCAACAUUUAUUGCAAAAACGAUUAUUAUAGUUUUUUUGGUACUCGCCGCUGUUCCCGCUGCCUGGCGUCGAUUAGCUCCAACGAGCUGGUAAUGCGCGCCCGCAACCUGGUUUUUCAUGUCAACUGCUUCUGCUGCACGGUCUGCCACACGCCGCUCACCAAGGGGGAUCAGUACGGCAUCAUCGAUGCGCUCAUCUACUGCAGAACUCACUAUAGCAUAGCGCGGGAGGGCGACGCCGCCUCGUCGACGAGCAUGAGCGCCACAUAUCCGUAUAGCACACAGUUUGGUUCGCCGCACAAUGACUCGUCGAGUCCGCAUUCGGAUCCCAGUCGCAGUAUUGUUCCUACGGGCAUCUUUGUGCCCACAUCGCAUGUCAUCACCGGACUGCCGCAGCCGGCGCGCCAAAAGGGCAGGCCGCGCAAGCGCAAGCCCAAGGAUAUCGAGGCGUUCACAGCGAAUAUAGAUCUCAAUACGGAAUAUGUGGACUUUGGGCGUGGCAGUCAUAUGAGCGCCUCGUCGCGCACCAAGCGCAUGCGCACCUCGUUCAAGCAUCAUCAGCUGCGCACCAUGAAAUCCUAUUUUGCCAUCAAUCACAAUCCGGAUGCCAAGGAUCUGAAGCAAUUGUCACAGAAAACGGGUUUACCAAAGAGAGUCCUACAGGUUUGGUUUCAGAAUGCGCGCGCCAAAUGGCGUCGCAUGAUGAUGAAACAGGAUGGCAGCGGCAUGCUGGAGAAGGGCGACGGCCAACUGGAUCUGGACAGCAUCUCGGUGCACAGUCCCACAUCGUUUAUGCUGGGCGGCUCGAACAGCACGCCGCCGCACAAUCUCGACUAACAGCUGCUCAGGGACAGGGAGCAACACAAUGCCGCCAGCAAUACGGCUGCUGCCGCCGCUGCCGCUGCUGCUGCAGCUGCUGCUGCUGCUGCGGCCUACGCAAUUGAGCUUCAGCUGCUGCAGUCGAGCGGCAAUGGACGCUGCUCGCCGGCGCUGCUGUCGUUGGCGGACCUGUUGAAUGGCAGCGACGAUUAGCUUGUACUUGUACUCAAAUACUCAAAAAAAAAUAGGCAGCAAAGUCGGGUGUGCACGACUAGCACAAACUAGCCAAACAAAAACUUGUAGCUACCCUUAUUUAAAAUUGCAAGUCUUCAGCUCCUGGAGUUGCCGAGUUCGAUGCGUUCAGGCAGCAUCUCCUAAUCCUAAUCAAGAGUUUAUAUACCCAAUGGGCUGGGAGACGCUUCCUGCUGCCUGUUACAGACCUUUGCACAAAGCCAAUAUACCCGUUUUAGGCAAUUUCAAUGGGUUCCGGGUAUGAGAGCGCAGAGAAUGUUGUUAGACGAGCUGCCUCAUGUUGUAGCUGGUUGCAUUAAGUAUUUUUGUAGCUGCCUCUAGCCCAACACUUCAGACUACAACGCCUCGAGACUGGAUCUCCAUCCGACCAGAUCUCGUCACGCCGAGGUUCUCUUUUCAGUUCAGAUCUAACACAUUAACAGGCCCAAAAUGUUGUUUCUAUUUCUAACGUUCAUUUGUAAAUAUUGUACUAGAACCUUAGUUAUAUUGCGCUUACCAGAAUAUUGUUAAUACUUAUUAUAUAUAUAUACACAUAUAUAUUAUAUACAGAUAUGGAUAUGCAUCCGGCAUAUGGAUAUAUAUCUAGCAUACGCAUUAAAUAAACAAAUCUAAUAUAUAAAUUUAAUAUUUAUUGCCCGAAUUACAUAGUUAGAGAUGAAUUUAGUUUAACGAAGCGCUCUAUAUUAUAUAUAGUGACAUAUCCAUAGUCGCACCCACCCUUUAACAUAACUCAGCACAUAAGCAUAAGCAC